AUGUUACAAACAUCUGUUUUGCCCAAACUAUUCUUUCUCACUCUUGAAACUAAAUUUGAAGUUGAAAGCCAAGAGAAAAUGGCCUAUUACCACAAUGACUAUAAAAAGAAUGAGGAGGUGGAGUUUGUCCGAACCGGCUAUGGGAAGGAUAUGGUAAAAGUUCUCCAUAUUCAGCGAGAUGGGAAAUAUCACAGCAUUAAAGAGGUGGCAACUUCAGUGCAACUUACUCUGAGUUCCAAAAAAGAUUAUCUGCAUGGAGAUAAUUCAGACAUCAUCCCCACAGACACCAUCAAGAACACAGUUCACGUCUUGGCAAAAUUUAAAGGGAUCAAAAGCAUAGAAACUUUUGCAAUGAGCAUCUGUGAGCAUUUCCUUUCCUCUUUUGACCAUGUCAUCCGAGCUCAAGUCUACGUGGAAGAAGUCCCCUGGAAGCGUCUUGAAAAGAAUGGAGUUAAGCAUGUCCAUGCAUUUAUUCACACUCCCACUGGAACGCACUUCUGUGAGGUGGAACAGAUGAGGAGUGGACCUCCAGUCAUUCAUUCUGGAAUCAAAGACCUCAAGGUCUUGAAAACGACCCAGUCUGGAUUUGAAGGGUUCAUCAAGGACCAGUUCACCACCCUGCCUGAGGUGAAGGACAGGUGUUUUGCCACUCAAGUGUACUGCAAGUGGCGCUAUCAUCAGUACAGAGACGUGGACUUUGAUACUACCUGGGAUACUGUUCGGGAUAUUGUCCUGGAGAAAUUUGCUGGACCCUAUGACAAAGGCGAGUACUCGCCCUCUGUCCAGAAGACCCUCUAUGACAUCCAGGUGCACUCUUUGAGCCGGGUUCCUGAGAUAGAAGAUAUGGAAAUCAGCCUGCCAAACAUUCACUACUUUAAUAUUGACAUGUCCAAAAUGGGAUUGAUCAACAAAGAAGAGGUCUUGCUACCAUUAGACAAUCCCUACGGCAGAAUUACUGGAACCGUCAAGAGGAAGCUGACUUCGAAGCUGUGACAAAGUAGCUACCAUCGCCAGGAGCCUACUCUCAGUUGAGGAUUUCCUUCAGCCUCUUGUGAUGCUGGAAAUCAUAGCAUUGUAACCAUGCAAAUUUUCAAGCUAGAAUGUUGAUUUAUAGUGUUAAUUUUCCUCCUGUAUGAAAGAAUUCUUCUGCUCCUAGCUCAGCAAGGUGUUUUGUGAUUAGUAAUUAUAACAUGCUUUAUGGAUGCAGUUUACUUUACAAAUGCUACACGGUAUUAGAACAGUCAUAAAUCAAGAUUUCUUUUUAGUUGUCUUGUGCCUUCCUAUCUUUGAGACGCUUUAGAACCAAUUCACUAAGAAAAUAAUCAUGAAUUAAUGGAUGUGUCAUAUCAAUUACUUUGUGCACAAGUUCAAAAGUAAGCACUGUUUUCAUCCUACUGAUGCAAAAACUGCUUUUGGGCAAUGCAGAAAAUAUAACGACAAAAUCAUCUUUUGAAAACUUUCACCAUUGUGACUUCAAUUAGACUGAAUAUUUGGAUUUCUAAGAAUGCUCUAGCAUAUGUAUCACUGGGAAUUUAUUUAUACUCUAAAAAUACUUUUAUAAUCUUAAUGUAUUGGUUUUAUGACUUUUACAACUCUUAGAGAAUAUAUAGUACACACUAAAAAAAAGUAUAACUUAUUUUUCUUUGAAUAAGGUCUCACUUUGGCACAAAGAACCCAUCUAAUAAGUGCUGAGUCAAUAUACCAAUCAAUGAAUAUACAUAUAGAAAGAAGACGACACUCUAUACAAAUAUCAGUGAUGAUGAUUUCUAGAUUGUGGGAUUAGGAGUGAUUUUUAUUUUUUGCCAUGUGCUUUUCUGAAUCUUCCAUAUCUGAACAUUUAUUACUUUUAUAAUCAGAGAAAUAAAUAUAAUUGAUGAUUUAAAGAUAUAUACAGACUUGACUGGUGAUUAUCUUUAUAUCAGUUGAGUAACACUAUUUAUAUAUAUAUAUAUAUGUUAUAUAUAUAUAUAUACUAUAUAUAAUAUACAUAUAUGGUAUAUAUCAUAUACCAUAGAGCUUCAUAAACUAUAAUUAAACUGUAAUUUUAGAAACCCAUGAUGAAAACCUGUCCACAUGAACAUGGAACCUUCUUCCAUUUAAAAAAUCUACAUUUAUUAACUUUUUUAAAUCUCCAUUUUUUAUAAAUGCUUACAUAUAAGUACUUAGUAUUAUUUGAUAAUUCUGCUUCAUUCCCCUUUGUAAUACUACAUAAGCUAGCAUGGUAUAGUGUUUAAUUUCACAAACUCACUUAAAUCCUGGAUCUACUUCUUUCUAGCUAUAUGAUAAGUAUCCUCAUCUGUAAAAUAGAGGUGAAAUAGAAUCUAACUCAGAGGUAUUUCAAGCAUCAAAUGGGUUAAUGUUUGUAAAGUGCUGUGAUAAUGUUUAUGGCUGACACAGAAAAUUCUGUAUGGGGCACCUGGGUGGUUCAGUUGGUUGAAAGUCAGCUCAGGUCAUGAU